AUGGCUGAUGCUGGACAAAGGCUAGGAGGGGAGUUGUUGAGGGUUGCUUUAUGCUUUUCGCUGCUGUUGUGUUUCACUGAACGGAUUUCUGCACAAAUACGCUAUUCUGUUCCAGAGGAGGCAAAGAAGGGAACAGCGGUCGGAAACGUUGCUAAGGAUCUGGGAUUGGAUGUGAGUACUCUUGUCCAGCGACGAUUUCGAGUCGUGUCUGGAUCUAAAGACGCUCUGUUUCAGGUUAACCAGAACAAUGGCGUGCUCUAUGUUGAAAAGGAAAUCGACAGGGAGACACUAUGUGAUGGCAAUGAAGCCUGUCUUGUAAAUUUGAAGAUUGCCGUUGACAAUCCUUUGGAGAUACAUCACGUUGGUAUUGAAAUAACAGAUUUAAACGACCAUGCACCAACCUUCGCUGCUAAAGUGAAUGUAUUGGAAAUAACAGAAAACACGCUUCCCGGUGCCCGCUUUCCUCUGCAGAAAGCGCAUGAUCCUGAUUUGGGAACAAAUGGUGUCCGUUUGUAUAAGUUAACUCAAAACGAACAUUUUGAUUUGGAAAUAAGAGAUAGAGCGGAAGAAAAAGACCUUUUUUUAGUAUUACAGAAACCCCUCGACAGAGAGAGGAAAGCGCAGCACGAUUUAAUUCUGACUGCUACCGAUGGGGGCAGUCCACCCAAAAAAGGAACUUUGAACAUUACAGUUUCUGUUUUAGAUAUUAACGACAACCGCCCUGUAUUUAGUCAGGAUGUGUAUUCAGCAACAUUAAGUGAAAAUAUUGCGAUUGGAACAACUGUGAUAAAAGUAUCGGCAACUGAUUUAGAUGAGGGAGCAAAUGGUGAAGUUACCUACUCCUUUGGCGAUGGCAUGACCUCCAAAGUUCAAGAAAUAUUUAAUUUGGACAUCUUAACGGGAGAAGUUAUAGUUAAAGGAGAUUUAGAUUUUGAGAAAAAUGCUGUUUACAAACUGGAUAUUCGAGCCUCUGACAAUGGUCAGCCACCGACAACUAGUGACAGUAAAGUUAUAGUUAAAGUUCAAGAUGUAAAUGACAACCAACCAGACAUAGAGGUGAUGUCACUGUCAAACUUGGUAUCUGAAGACAGUAAACCUGGAACUGUCAUAUCCCUCAUUAGUGUGACAGAUGAGGACUCGGGUCUAAAUGGCAAAGUGCAGUGCACCAUAUCUGAAAACGUGCCAUUUGAAUUGAAACCCUCAGUUCAAGACAACAUGUAUUCACUGGUGACAAAAGAACGUUUAGACAGAGAAGGUCAAUCCCAUUAUGAUAUCACAAUAAAAGCAGUCGAUUUUGGCCAGCCCCCUCUGUCAACAUUUAAAACUUUAAAUAUUGAUAUAUCAGAUGUAAAUGAUAACAGACCAGAAUUUCAACAAAAUCCCCUUGAACUGUAUUUAUUCGAAAAUAAUGCAGCAGGUGCAUCUAUAUUUUCGGUCACUGCAUUUGAUAAAGAUGUCAAUGAAAAUGCAGACAUCAAAUAUAACAUUAUCAGAGGAGAUGGAUCUAAGGCAGACAUGUCCUCUUUUCUCAACAUCAACCCUGAUAACGGGCACAUACACGCACUCAAGAGCUUCGACUACGAAACUGUGAAAAAGUUUACAUUUCAUGUGCUAGCUACUGACUCUGGCAGUCCGUCCCUUAGCACCAACGCCACAAUAAAUGUGUAUAUUCUGGACCAGAACGACAACCUUCCCGUUAUCUUGUCCCCAGUCAGUUCUAACGGCUCUGCUGAGGGUGUGGAGGAGAUCCCACGCAAUGUAAAUGGAGGACAUUUAGUGGCUAAAGUUAGGGCCUAUGACGCAGACACUGGAUACAAUGGAUGGUUACUAUUUUCUCUCCAUGAAGUAACUGACCACACUUUAUUCAGUCUGGAUCGGUACACUGGACAGAUAAGGACUAUGCGAGCCUUCACUGAAACAGACGAGGCUGAACACAAACUAGUUAUUCUAGUCAAAGACAACGGGAAUGUCUCUCUGUCAGCAACGGCCACCGUGAUUGUAAAAGUUGUGGAACCAAAAGAAGCAUUUGCAGCGUCUGAUCUGACAACCACCGUUAGCGACGAGGAAGACAACGUCAUUUUUUAUUUGAUCAUAACUCUGGGUUCUGUCUCGGUGCUUUUUGUAAUCAGCAUCAUCGUCUUGAUAGCUAUGCAGUGCUCAAAGUCCGCAGACUACUCGUCCAAAUACUUGCAGGACACGAACUAUGACGGAACUUUAUGCCACAGCAUCCAGUACAGAUCUGGAGACAAGAGGUACAUGCUGGUUGGACCCAGAAUGAGUAUCGGUUCCACUAUAGUUCCUGGCAGCAAUGCGAAUACUCUGGUUGUACCUGAUCGCAGGAGUAGAACUUCUGUUGAGGUAAGGGCUGAUUUAAUUUUCGACCGUGAGAUGCGCUGCUCUAACACAAAACACAUUGGUUUCCUUUUAUCACUUAAUGUCCAGGCUGUUGACAUAUUUCCAUAUGUGAGCCUCUACCUAUGUGUACCAUGUUAA